CUCAAAGUAUGUCUACAGUGCAAAUCUUCUAUGACACAGAAUAAAAUCCCUUCAUUAGUGCUUGCAAAUGGCUUGUUCCAUGGCACCCUCCCUAAUCAAUUUUGUGAUCUGACCUGGGUCAAGGAGAAGACCUGUGCCAUAUAUUCCAUUACUGUACAUGUCACCUGCCUAUUUCAAUCAUCCAAUCUAUCACAGCCCCAGGUUUUCCAUGGAAAUACCUGUGCGCACGACAUGAAUGUUAUGUCUACUGUGUCUGUU